GCUCCUGGAAGGGACCGGGAGAGACAGAGGAGGCGCCUGGCUUCCCCCUCACGCCCGCCACCCCUGCUCUUUCCCGUCCCGGGCCAGGAUGACUGGAGUCUUUGACAGUCUGGUGGCUGAUAUGCACUCGACCCAGAUCGCGGCCUCCAGCACUUACCACCAGCACCAGCAGCCCCCGAGCGGCGGUGGCGCCGGCCCGGGUGGCAGCAACGGCGGCAGCAGCCUACACAAGCCCCAGGAAUCGCCGACCCUUCCGGUGUCCACGGCCACCGACAGCAGCUACUACACCAACCAGCAGCACCCGGCGGGCGGCGGCGGCGGCGGCGGCGGCGGCGGGGGGGCCUCUCCCUACGCUCACAUGGGCUCCUACCAGUACCACGCCAGCGGCCUCAACAACGUCCCAUACUCCGCCAAGAGCAGCUACGACCUGGGCUACACUGCCGCCUACACCUCCUACGCGCCCUACGGAACGAGCUCUUCUCCAGCCAACAACGAGCCCGAGAAGGAAGACCUCGAGCCUGAAAUCCGGAUAGUAAACGGGAAGCCAAAGAAAGUCCGGAAACCCCGAACUAUCUAUUCGAGUUUCCAGCUGGCAGCUCUUCAGCGGCGCUUCCAAAAGACUCAGUACCUGGCGCUGCCCGAGCGAGCCGAGCUGGCGGCGUCGCUAGGCCUCACCCAGACUCAGGUCAAAAUUUGGUUCCAAAAUCGCCGAUCCAAAUUUAAGAAGAUGUGGAAGAGCGGCGAGAUCCCAUCCGAGCAGCACCCUGGGGCCAGCGCUUCGCCACCUUGUGCCUCCCCGCCCGUCUCGGCGCCGGCCUCCUGGGACUUCGGCGGGCCGCCGCGGAUGGGGGGCGGCGGCGGCCCGGCCAGCGGCGGCAGCGGCGCUGGCAGCUCCGGCUCCAGCCCAAGCAGCGCGGCCUCGGCGUUUCUGGGCAAUUACCCGUGGUACCACCAGGCCUCGGGCUCCGCUUCGCACCUGCAGGCCACCGCGCCACUGCUGCACCCCACGCAGACCCCGCAGCCUCACCACCACCACCACCAUCACCAUGGCGGCGGGGGAGCCCCGGUGAGCGCAGGGACGAUUUUCUAA